GAAGUCGUCGAAGGGGCUGCAAAGGGAUCACAGAAUGAUGGGGUCACCGAUCAGGCUGGAAGAGGCCCAAGAAGUCGUAGACCAUGCCCCGCUGGGAGGGGGUGGGGGGAUGGCAGAAAGCAGAGAUCGGACCUAGGGCUUCAGACCCACAGGAAGCACGCAAGGGUCCCCAUGCAGCAACCCUCCCCAACCAGAAGAGCCCAGCCCCCAAGGACUCCCGGGAGUGAGAGGAAGAGGGGAGCCCCGGGGCGCCUCGCGAUCGAUCAAGGAGGGGGGAUGGGAGAGGGGCAGGGGAGAGCACAGGAAGUGGGUGGGGGAAGGACGGGGGAGGGGAGAAGGCGCCCGGUCCCUCAGUUGGGGGGGUUCUGCUUUCUCCACUCCCCGGGGGGGGGGGGGGGCUGCUCCAGCUGCCCCCAUUCAGCAGGGAUCCCACCCGGGAGCCCGAGGUGCCACGAACCCAACCCAGGCACGCGAGCGGCGGCGGCGACGACGGCAGCGGCGACGGCGGAGCCGCGUCAUGUGACGGGGCUGGAGGCAGGAUUGGAGCUCGGAAGUCUUGGCUUCGCCAUGGCCCCUGGGUCGCAGCUCUGUCUCCUUUUCCUGCUCCAGUUUCUUCAGGAAGCUGCCCCCAGGUCUUUCGAGGUGGAUCGACAGAGAGGCAUAUUCCUGCUUGACGGAGUCCCGUUCCGCUAUGUGUCAGGCAGCAUACAUUACUCCCGGGUCCCCAGCCCGCUUUGGUCUGACCGACUCCACAAGAUGCGCAUGAGCGGCCUCAACGCAGUGCAGGUUUAUGUGCCUUGGAACUAUCAUGAGCCACAGCCUGGAGUCUACAACUUCCAGGGCAAUCGAGAUCUGGUGGCAUUUCUGAAGGCAGCCGCCAAUGAGGACUUGUUGGUGAUUCUGAGGCCUGGCCCCUACAUUUGUGCAGAGUGGGAAAUGGGAGGUCUCCCAGCCUGGUUGCUUCAAAACCCUGAAAUUGUCCUAAGAACCUCAGAUCCAGAUUUCCUUGCUGCAGUGGACUCUUGGUUCCAUGUCUUGAUGCCCAUGGUACAGCCCUGGCUGUACCACAACGGGGGCAAUAUCAUCAGUGUCCAGGUGGAGAAUGAAUAUGGCAGCUACUUUGCCUGUGACUUUAGAUACAUGAGACACCUGGCUGGAUUAUUCCGAGCACUGCUGGGGGAUCAGAUCUUCCUGUUUACCACAGAUGGGCCACGUGGCUUCAGCUGUGGAACCCUACAGGGUCUCUAUUCUACUGUGGAUUUUGGCCCAGAUGACAACAUGACUGAGAUCUUUGCCAUGCAGCAGAAGUAUGAGCCCAAUGGGCCCCUGGUGAACUCAGAGUACUACACAGGAUGGCUAGACUACUGGGGUGGGAAUCAUUCAAAAUGGGAUACAAAGACCUUGGCCAAUGGACUACAGAAUAUGCUGGAGUUGGGAGCAAAUGUGAACAUGUACAUGUUCCAUGGAGGCACCAACUUUGGCUACUGGAGUGGUGCUGAUUUUAAGAAGAUCUAUCAGCCUGUCACAACCAGUUAUGACUAUGAUGCACCUCUCUCUGAAGCUGGAGAUCCCACACCCAAACUACUUGUCAUCCAAAGUGUCAUCAGCAAGUUCCAGGAACUUCCCUUGGGGCCUUUUCCCCUCCCCAGCCCCAAGAUGAAGUUUGGACCUGUGACCCUGAAGCUGGCUGGUGACCUGCUGAACUUUCUAAAUGUCCUGUGCCCUGAUGAGCCCAUCCAAAGUCAUUUACCCCUAACUUUUGAGGCUGUCAAGCAGGAUUAUGGCUUCUUACUGUACAGGACACAACUGCCCCAGAACCUGACAAAACCAACCCCACUCUGGGUAAAGAACAAUGGUGUCCGUGACCGUGCCUAUGUGAUGUUGGAUGGGGUGUCUCAGGGCAUUCUGGAACGAGACAAGGAUGAAGCACUGUUUAUGACAGGGCAGGCAGGAUCCACAUUGGAUGUGCUGCUGGAGAAUAUGGGGAGGAUCAGCUUUGGGUACAACAUCAGUGACUUUAAGGGCCUGAUACAGCCUUUGGUCCUGGGGGACGUUGUCCUCACUGACUGGCUGCUCUUUCCUCUGAAUAUUGAUGCCCUUAUGGAUUCAAAGAAUAGGGUAUUUGAGACCCAAGAGCUCAAUUUGAAGUCUUCCUCUGGUCCAGCCUUCUACUCAGCGACUUUUCAACUCCCAGGUCCACCUUGGGACACCUUUCUAUACCUUCCCGGCUGGACCAAGGGCCAGGUCUGGAUUAAUGGGUUUAACCUGGGCCGUUACUGGACAAGGCGAGGCCCACAGCAGUCACUCUACGUGCCAGGACCCCUGCUCUUGCCUACAGGGACCCCCAACAUCAUCACACUGCUGGAGCUGGAGCAUGCACCUCCUAGGACACAAAUCCAAUUUCUGGACAGACCUCUGUUUAAUGCCACUCUCCACUAAAUAUACUGAUGCCAACCUCUGGCUGACUGCUCCAGGGAAGGGCCCUCCCUGGCCCAGUGAAGGCAUCUUAGGCCUAAAGUGAAGAAGACCUGGGUUGUGAGGUGGCUCAGUGGCUUUUCCUGAGGACUGUUCUGGCAGAGAGGAUAGCAAUUUACAACUGAAAUAGUGUUUCUUUAUCAAAUUUUAUUGCAUUAAAUUUCAGAGACACAGUACCCUCUCCCUCCA